GGGGGAAGAGGUUCCGUCAUUACAUUCGUUCGACUCCUGCUGACGACGAUGGCGACCACAAAAGUGGUGUUAUGCCUCCUUUUGGCACUUGCGACUGCCAAUCCCCAAUCUCCGACAAGGCUGUAUGAGACUCCUAAUGUAGGUGGGUCAUCAUCUGCUGGAGGCUUUGGAGGAUCAUCUAGCGGCGGAUUUGGAGCUCAAGGUGGAUCAUCUGCUGGAGGAUUUGGAGGUUCAGGUACUGGUGGUUCAACUGCAGGAGGAUUUGGAGGCUCAGCUACUGGUGGAGGAUUUAGUGGUUCCUCCAGUGGUUUAGGGGGACUUGGAGGCUCAGCUACUGGCGGGUUUGGUGGUUCCUCCAGUGGUGUUGGAGGAUCAGGUACUGGUGGGUUUGGUGGUUCCUCCAGUGGUGUUGGAGGAUCAGGUACUGGUGGGUUUGGUGGUUCCUCCAGUGGUUUUGGAGGAUCAGCUGCUGGGGGACAUGGAGGCUCAGGUACUGGUGGAUUUGGAGGAUCAACUGCUGGGGGACAUGGAGGCUCAGGUACUGGUGGAUUUGGAGGAUCAACUGCUGGGGGACAUGGAGGCUCAGGUACUGGUGGAUUUGGUGGUUCCUCCAGUGGUUUUGGAGGAUCAGCUGCCGGGGGACAUGGAGGCUCAGGUGCUGGUGGAUUUGGAGGAUCAGCUGCUGGGGGACUUGGAGGCUCAGGUACUGGUGGAUCUGGUGGUUCCUCCAGUGGUUUCGGAGGAUCAACGGCUGGAGGACAUGGCGGUUCUUCUACAGGAGGAUUUGGCAGCUCAUCAGGUAGCUUUGGAGGUUUGUCUGGUGGAGGAUUAGGAGGUUCUGCUGGUGGAAGCUCAGUAUCUGGCAGUGUGGGUGGUUCAUCAAGUGGAUUUGGAGGUUCAUCUGGUGGUGGUCUGGGAGGAUCUGCAUCAGCUGGUUUUGGUGGUUCUCAAACUGGUGGAUAUGGUGGCUCUUCUACAGGAUCUAUUGGUGGAUCAUCUUCUGCAGGUUUUGGUGGCUCAAGACCAAGUGCAACAUUUGGUGGAGCCUUUGGCGGUUCACGUCCUUCUCGAGCAUCUGCAGGAGCCUUUGGUGGAUCUCGUCCAGGUGGAUCAUUUUCUGGAACCUUCAGUGGAUCAUCUGGAACUUUUGGAGGAUCUCAAACAGGUGGCUCAUCUUCUGGAGCUUUUGGUGGAUCUCGCCCAAGUGGAUCAUCCGGUGCCUUCGGUGGAUCUCGCCCAAGUGGAACAUCCCUUGGAUCCUCAUCUGCUGGUAGUUUUGGAGGUUCUCAGGCCACUGGAUAUGGUGGUUCCCCUGGUGGAAGCGCUGGAUCAUCUGUAACUUUUGGUGGGUCUCGCCCAACUGCAUCAUCUGGAACGUUUGGAGGAUCUCGUCCAAGUGGAUCAGCUGCUGGAGCCUUUGGAGGAUCUAGUCCAACUGGUUCACCCUCUGGAACCUUUGGUGGAUCUCGUCCAAGUGGAUCAGCUGCUGGAACCUUUGGAGGAUCCCGUCCAGGAGGAUCACCCGCUGGAACCUUUGGAGGAUCUCAUCCAGGAGGAUCACCAUCUGGAACCUUUGGAGGAUCUCGUCCAGGAGCAUCACCCUCUGGAACCUUUGGUGGAUCUCGCCCAAGUGGGUCAUCGUCUGCAGGUUAUGGUGGAUCAGGCGCAAGCGGAUCUUCUUCUGCAGGAUUUGGUGGAUCUCGUCCAAGUGGAGCCUCCUCUGGUGCCUUUGGUGGGUCUUGCCCCAGCGGAUCAUCUGCCGGAGCUUUUGGUGGGGCUCGUCCGGGUGGAUCUGCCACAGGAAGCUUUGCGGGAUCUCUACCAUCUAGACCUUCUACUGGAACCUUUGGAGGAUCUCGCCCAUCUGUUGAUUCUAAGAGGCCUUCUGGUCCUGUCAUCCCAAUCCUUGUUGAUGAACGUGAUGGUCCCCACGCUGAUGGCUCUUACAGCUUCAACUUUGAGACUGGUAACGGUAUACGCCGCCAAGAACAGGGGUACCCACAAGGGGAAACAGGAGCUGUGGCACAGCAAGGAGCUUGGUCAUUCACAUUCCCCGACGGCACUCCAGCCAAUUUCCAGUUCGUGGCCGACGGAGAUGGCUUCCGUGUAGAAUCAGACCUUCUACCUACUCCUCCCCCUCUACCUCCUCAUGCAAUUGCUCAAAUUGAAAAGGCGGCGCGAGAAGACGCUGCUGCAGCAGCUGCAGGAACUGGAUCUCAGUUCUCAGGCGCUGGAACUGGAUCGCAAUAUUCAGGCACUGGAACUGGAGCUGGUUCCCGGUUCCCAGGUGCUGGAGCAGGAGCUGGAGCUGGAACUGGCUCCCGGUUCCCAGGUGCUGGAGCUGGAGCUGGAACUGGAACUGGAGCUGGAGCUGGUUCCCAGUUCUCAGGUGCUGGAGCUGCUGGAGCUGGAACUGGCUCCCGGUUCCCAGGUGCUGGAGCUGGAGCUGGAGCUGGAACUGGCUCCCGGUUCCCAGGUGCUGGAGCUGGAGCUGGAAUUGGAACUGGAGCUGGAGCUGGUUCCCAGUUCUCAGGUGCUGGAGCUGGAGCUGGAACUGGUUCCCGGUUCCCAGGUGCUGGAGCUGGUGCUGGAGCUGGAACUGGUUCCCGGUUCCCAGGUGCUGGAGCUGGAGCUGGUGCCCAGUACUCAGGUGCUGGAGCUGGAGCUGGAGCUGGAGCUGGAGCUGGAACCGGAGCUGGUUCCCGGUUCCCAGGUGCUGGAGCUGGAGCUGGAACUGGUUCCCGGUUCCCAGGUGCUGGAGCCGGAACUGGUUCCCAGUUCUCAGGUGCUGGAGCUGGAGCUGGAGCUGGAGCUGGAGCUGGAGCUGGUUCCCGGUUUCCAGGUGCUGGAGCCGGAACUGGUUCCCAGUUCUCAGGUGCUGGAGCAGGAGCUGGAUCUCCGUUCUCCGGAUCUGGAGCUGGAGCUCCUCAAUUUUCUGGAGCAGGAUCUGGAGCUGGGUCUGGUUCACCCGCUCGCCAACCGCUGCGACCAUCGCCUCGUCCAAGCCCUCCUGCUCCAAGCAAGACCUACGGAUACCCAUAAAACAAGUCAUCGUUGCGCCUCACAAUCCCCAACUACUACAUGUGUCGUUUUCUGGAACUCUUUAACUCUACUUUGCCAGACAUUGUUUAUGUAUCUAUCUUAUCUGUUCUUCAUCACACAUUCUUACCAUAGAGCAGUGAUAUC